AUGGCGAAAACCCUGGACAAAUCUAAGAAGCGUAAACGCGUCAGAUCCAAGAACAUCGAUAAGAAGCAAAAGAUUGAUAAUUCCACUCAUCAUCAUCAUCAACGACAACCUGAAUCCUCGACCCCAUAUUCAAGCUCCAGCUCUGAUUCUAGCGAUUCGGAAUCGGAGAAGGAAUUCGACCCUGAAGAGCUCCGAGAGCUUCUACGACCCUAUUCCAAGGACCAGCUCGUCGACCUCGUUUGUUCCGCCGCGCAGAUCGGAUCCUCGAUCUAUUCCGCAGUCGUAGAAGCCGCAGACCGUGACGUCACCCACCGGAAAAUCUUCGUUUAUGGACUUCCAUGGGAGACCACGCGGGAGACUCUUGUCGGUCUCUUUGAAAGCUACGGCGAGAUCGAAGAGUGCACCGUCGUUAUAGACAAGGUGACUGGUAAAGCCAAAGGUUUCGGUUUUGUUAUGUUCAAGACUAGGAAAGGAGCUAGGGAAGCUCUUAAAGAGCCGAAGAAGAGGAUCCUUAAUCGAACAGCUACAUGUCAGCUUGCUUCAAUGGGGCCUGCGUCGUCUGUUAAGGGGCAGGACCAGGCGGGUCCGGUGAAGAUGAAUUUGGGUUCGAUGGCUAAUCAGGGUCAGUCACUGCAACGGCAGGCGCAAGGGCAACAUGUGUUUACCGGUGGUGGAAUGGCUGCAUCGCCGUUUAUGCUAGGGAACCAAUACCAUCCGGUUUAUGGUACUGGAAUGUUGGGGAAUCCAGCUCUCGCUGCAGCAGGUGGAGCUUACAUGUAUCCGAUGUUGGCGGGUGCUCUGAGCCAUGGCGGGUUGGGUUCUGGUGCGUUGAGUCAUGAAUUGUUACAGUCGAAUCAGAUGGGUGGGAUUGGUGAGGCAGGUGUUGGUGCUGGUUUAGCGGCUCUCGGCUCUUAUUUUAGAGGUCAGAGUAUGUCUAAUGCUUAUCCAGAUUCUGAUACCGGGAAAAGAGGGACGAGUAAAGAUUCGGAUGCUGGUGGCUCCUUUCCUGGCUACUCAAACUAUUCAUGGUACGGUCACUGUAACCCUAUUGUGUUUUGUAGCAAUGUAUGUGCUCAUAUUGUGGUCUGA